CAAAUAAUUAGGCGCUCAUCCUCCCACUGAUCAAAUGAUUCCAUAAGUCCUCGUCCUCUCUUUAGCAUUAGCGUGAUUUUAAACAUGCCAUAUAACCUUCGUGGUCGGAAUGUUCUCAUUGUUGGUGGGUCAAGGGGGCUUGGGGCAGUUGUGGCAGAGAAAUUCGCCGUCGAAGGCUGCAACUUAGCAAUCAACUAUCUCUUCAGUCAAGAGCAGGCUGAUAAUCUCGCCUCGGAGUUGGCGAAGAAGUACAGCAUCAAAGCAGUCACUAUCCAAGGAGAUGCCGGCCUCGCGCAGGAUUGUGUGCGACUAGUCCAGAGCACCAUCGAGAAGUUGAACGGGUUGGACAUCAUCAUUUCGAAUGCAGGCUGGACAAAGUUCACCAGUUUUGGCGAUCUCGAUGCGUUGACUGAUGAAGAAUGGGAUAAAUGCUGGGCAACCAAUGUCAAAAGCAACCUCGUCUUGUUCAAGGAAGCUGCUCCGACCUUCAACGCGAAUAGUGAGGGCGGUGUCUUCAUUGCCACUUCAUCAAUUGCUGGCAUAACCGCCGCGGGGAGCAGCAUGGCUUACUCUGUGACUAAAUCUGCAGGGCUUCACCUCUUGCAAUGCUUAAAAGCAUCCCAGGGACCAAAGGUCCGGAUAAAUGCCAUACUUCCUGGCUUGCUGCUGACCGAAUGGGGUGUGAGAUACUCUUCAGAGCAAAUUGCUGCUUGGAAGGAUAAGUCUACAUUGAAGCACGAAGUCUUUCUCGAUGACUGUGCCGACAUGUAUGUAUCGCUUUCCAAAAAUACCUCAAUGACGGGUCAGCAAAUCGUGAUCGACUGCGGAUACGUAUCUUGAUGAGAACCCGUAUAUAGAGGUUCAUACCCACGACACGCAAGAGCCGUUUGUGGAAAUAUGGUGCCAAGUCUGUUUCGAAUGCACCUCUCUUUGGAAUAAAAAAGGUACAUAGAAAUGGUACAAUGAUACUUAGAUUACUAUCCUCG